AAGUCGCGCGGUCACCGAAUUCUGGGUCAUGCUCUCCGGCCUGCCGCCCGCCCGCCCGCCAUCAUGGUCCGGAAGCUCAAGUUUCACGAGCAGAAGCUGCUGAAGCAGGUGGACUUCCUCAACUGGGAGGUCACCGACCACAACCUGCACGAGCUGCGCGUGCUGCGGCGCUACCGGCUGCAGCGGCGCGAGGACUACACGCGCUACAACCAGCUGAGCCGCGCCGUGCGCGAGCUGGCGCGCCGCCUGCGCGACCUGCCCGAGCGCGACCCGUUCCGCGUGCGCGCCACGGCCGCGCUGCUGGACAAGCUGUACGCGCUGGGCCUGGUGCCCACGCGCGGCUCGCUCGAGCUCUGCGACUCGGUCACGGCCUCGUCCUUCUGCCGCCGCCGCCUGCCCACCGUGCUGCUCAAGCUGCGCAUGGCGCAGCACCUGCAGGCCGCCGUGGCCUUCGUGGAGCAGGGCCACGUGCGCGUGGGCCCCGACGUGGUCACCGACCCCGCCUUCCUGGUCACGCGCAGCAUGGAGGACUUUGUCACCUGGGUCGACUCGUCCAAGAUCAAGCGGCACGUGCUGGAGUACAACGAGGAGCGCGAUGACUUCGACCUGGAGGCCUAGCCACGGCAUUGGUCGCGGGGGAGAUGGAGAGGUCCGCGGCGGGACCCCAGGGGAGUGCUGGGAGAACUCCCCUCCCUGCGGGCCACAUGCAGAACCAAGGCGGGUACCUUGUUGUUUGCCUCAAGUUGCCUUCCAAUUCGGACUCCUGAUGACCUCACGCACGACCUGCGUGGGGCAGACAUACGGGACCCUUUGUGCCUCACUCCGGCAGCCGCUGAUGACUUGUGCCCCCAGAAUUGUAGGGUAAAAGUUAGAACUUGGGGACGCACCCACAGCCUACCUUUCCCUUUAUAUCGUCUUGGGGCUGUUUGGUUCGGUUUAAUUCUUGUUCCUAGGCGUGAUUUAUCUGCGUAGCAGUCGGAGGGCGUGGACUCCCCUUUAAAUAAAGGGAGUGAGAAUGUACACACUUCCUAUUUAAAGGAGUGUCUUCCUAGCGCUAAUAAAUGGCCCAGCUACUU